GAAAUAGUACUUGGUGGCAAAGGUUUCACAUCCUCUUUUAUGGUGGUAACGUUAGCUAGCUAGAUUUACUUUCUACAGUGUCAUGCGGCGCUCACUAGCUAAGGUAGCUAAGAUACUGAUUGGCACAUGGGCCAUAAUGGAUUCCCCCAUCCCUCUCUCCUCCCUGCGCCUGUUGGUUCCACCUCUACGACUGAUGUCUGCAUUUAUGUGGCAGGUAUCACAACAGAGGGCCAUUAAGCACUAUGGAAAAUUAGAGGAGUUUGUGACCGUGGUAACACAAACUGUCCCAGAACUUAUGACUGACAGACAGAGGACCCUCCUUAUUUUGGGGCUGAGAGCAAGGGUAACUUUGGGGCGAUUUUCUGCUGAACACCCUGUCAGCCUCCAAACCCUCCUUUAUUCUAUAAAGUCUUCUCAACUUGCACAGGUUCAGUCCUAUGAUGCAGGCAUGGAAUCGCCUGAAGCUAACUUUGCCAAGCUCACCCAAAGCUUGAUUACAGAUCCAGUUGAGCGUGAACACUUCGUUCAAGUGGUGUUCCUUGAGGAAUUCAGACCUGAUUUUGACAAAGCGCUUCAGGAACUGGUCUGUGACUUCCUCACUCGGUUGGAAGAGCUGCUUACACUACCAGACUUUAAGCAGACUGCAUUGUUGCUGAGUGCUGGCUCCUCUGGCCUGGAUGAAUGCCUGCAGUCUUUCUCUCACUCAGAAGAUCUCCAGUUUCUGCUCCAGAAUUACAAACAAUGCAGAACAUUGUACACAAACAUUUCCUCCUCUGACAUUCCUCAGGAAUCAGAUAUUGAAUCUGAUGCCUUCCCUGACCAGUUAAACCGUACCAAUCUGGACACUGGUGUGGAUAUGAGGACAGCACAUUUAGUGGCAAUGGGGAGCACAAGAGAUAUUAUAGGCUGCGAUGAAACCUGUGAUGAAGCGAAUGAAGAUGACAUAGAUGUAGAGGACGAGUCAGCACAGAAAAGGGCUGGUUCUGGUCUUUCUCCUACCAGUGUCAUGCAAGGUGGUGAUACAGACACCGUUGCAGGGGUGUCGUUUCAGGUGUUGACUCCCCUUUCUUCAGCUUCCAAUGAGUGUGCCCCAUCUACUUCCAGUUCAUCACACAUGAACAUUUUCCACCAGUGUCCUCAGUGUGGGAAGUGCUUUAAUUAUCAGUCUCAACUUGUCCAACACCAGCAAAUUCACUGUGGGGACAAUCCAUACAAGUGCUCCAACUGCGGUAAUAGAUUCAAAUUCUAUACAAGUCUGUCAAAUCAUAAGAGGAUGCAAUGUGUGGGCACUGCCUUUAGCUGCCUGAAAUGCUGGAGAGAGUUUGGUUCUCUGCGUGAGAAAUUGAGACACCAGUGUCCACACAACGAAUCCAUGUACAUCUGUCCACAAAGCGGGAAGAGUUUUAAGACGUCACCGCAAUAUCCAUUCCAGUGCCGUCACUGCGCAAGGAGCUUUCCCGAAUCGAAUCAACUGGACGCCCAUGAAAAAAGUCACAGUGUCGCCCAAACGCUUGACUGUCACAAAUGUGGAAUUACCUUCAGCAACUUGCCCAGCCUCGUGCACCAUGUGGAAGCCCACAAGAGGUCGGAUCUGAAGCCAUCGUCGCACCUUCCAAAGAAGAAAGGAUUGCAACUUCCGAGAACACACCAUUGCCACCAAUGUGGAAAGUCCUUCGUAACAAACCGACGCCUCAAGGAUCACGUGCGUACUCAUUUGAAUUAUCGUCCCUUCCCCUGCACCUACUGUGGAAAAUGUUUCACUCAGAAAGGUAAUCUCACUGUGCACAUAAGGCUCCACACAGGCGAGAGACCCUACAUGUGCUCUGUGUGUGGGAAGGCGUUUCCAUCAGGAGGGGAUCUGCAGGUACACCAGCGCUUUCACACUGGGGAGAGACCUUACCAAUGCAAAGAGUGUGACAAACGUUUUUUUAAGUCAAGCCAUUUAGUUGUCCACAUGCGUGGGCAUAGGGGAGAGCGUCCUUACACUUGUAAUGAAUGUGGAAGGGGUUUUAUCCGGAGAACUUGCUUAAAAAAACAUUUGCUAGUUCAUUCAGGGGAGAGGCCAUAUUCAUGUCUUCGUUGCCCAAAUACUCACAAACGCAGUUCACACCUGAACUAUCACAUGAAGAAAAAAUCAUUGAAAGUUGUAGUGUGUAUUUACAAUGUGUUUUUUGGUAGAGCUUUGUAA